AACGCGCGGCAGAAGCGCAUGAUUCCGAGAGAGUCGCUCCACGGCGAAGAAGUGAAACGGGACGAGUUGAUCUUCUGUUCUGCUCUCCAUCAUUUGCUCCUGUGACAGAUUCUUCAUCAUCUUCAUCCUCAUCAUCACCAUCACCAGCCCCAACAAACUGGUUCUAAGCAAAGAGGAGAGACAUGAUGAGAGAGGGAUCAACAGUGAGGAGGAGCGGAUGAGCGCGUAGAGAAAUAAAAGGGAUACUGGUGGAAAAGUUGGAGGAGAGAGGACCAGGGGAGCGGGGGGGGGUCUCAGGUCGGCUGCUGCUGCUGCUGCCGAUCCGCCAUGCACCAUGAGUAACGACAGCACCGGAGCUGAGGGGGUCGAGCCCCUCUGGAACUUCAGCGGGUCAUCGGUCAACCAAUCAGCUGACCUGUUCUCCAACGCAACGUGCAAUGUGUCCACCAAUGACUCGUCGUCCUGUUCUCCAGUGCACGAUGGACUGGGCACAGGAAGUCCAUACAAGGCUCUGGAGAUGUUCUUCAUCGCCUUGGUGACGGGAUCCCUGAGCUUCGUGACCGUCACUGGAAACAUUCUGGUCAUGCUGUCCAUCAAAGUGAACCGCCACCUGCAAACUGUCAAUAACUACUUCUUGUUUUCGUUAGCCUGUGCUGACCUGAUCAUCGGCGCGUUCAGCAUGAACUUGUACACGGUCUACAUCAUCGUCGGCUACUGGCCACUUGGGCCCGUGGUCUGCGACCUGUGGCUAGCUCUAGACUACGUGGUGUCAAACGCCUCGGUGAUGAAUUUGUUGAUCAUCAGCUUCGAUCGCUACUUCUGCGUGACUAAGCCCCUCACGUACCCGGCGAGAAGGACCACUAAGAUGGCGGGGUUGAUGAUCGCAGCGGCGUGGAUUCUGUCCUUCAUCUUGUGGGCUCCCGCCAUCUUGUUCUGGCAGUUUAUCGCUGGACAACGGACGGUGCCCCCUGGAGAGUGUUACAUUCAGUUCCUCUCAAACCCGGCAGUGACGUUUGGGACCGCGAUAGCCGCGUUCUACCUUCCCGUCAUCAUCAUGACUGUCCUGUACAUCCACAUCUCCCUGGCCUCCAGGAGCAGGGUCUCCAAACACAAACCAGAGAAGAAGGAGAAGAAGGGAAUAAAGGCUCCCAGUUUGAUGAAGAGUCACCUGUUGAAGCAGAACAACAACAACGAGACCAGUCCUCAGGCCAGUCCCCGCUCCACUCCCAAACUCAGCCUGGAAUCCACCACCACCGCGGUGGAGGCCGUGAAGAACGGCCGGGUGGAGGAGCCGCAGGCUGCCCAGCCGCACCCAGCAGCACAGCCCAGUCCAGGCCUCACACAGGAGGAAAAAGAGAGCUCCAAUGAUUCGUCCACAGCUUUCAUCCCCCCGACAGAACCGAAAGACAACGCCCACAUGAAAGUGAUAUCUGAGGCUGCAACAAAUCCCAGCCCGGUUGCCACGACAACAACCAAUCUUUCCACGGCCAAAACUAGCAUAGGCUCGCGGUGGUCGAAGAUAAAGAUCGUGACCAAGCAGGCCGGGGACGAGUGCAUCACGGCCAUCGAGAUCGUUCCGCCUGUAGAGGGCGCCGAGAGGCACUCAAUCCCGAUCAGCCGGCCUCGCACCGUGGCGAGAAAGUUUGCCAGCAUCGCCCGGAGCCAAGUGAAGAGGAAAAGACAGAUGGCCGCCAGAGAGAAGAAAGUGACCAAGACUAUCUUUGCCAUCCUGCUGGCCUUCAUCAUCACAUGGACGCCAUACAACGUGAUGGUGCUGAUCUCCACCUUCUGCCAGUCCUGCGUCCCCGACACCGUGUGGGCGAUCGGCUACUGGCUCUGUUACGUCAACUCCACGAUCAACCCGGCUUGUUACGCACUGUGCAACGCCACAUUCAAGAAGACUUUCAAGAACCUGCUGCUGUGCCAGUAUAAAAACAUAGGUACAAGAUGAGAUGGAGGGAGAAGACUGAGGGUGGGAUGGCUGAGGGGAAGAACGGGGGGGAAAGAGGAAGGACUGCUGACAGGUGAGUGAAAGAGAGCUGAGGAGAGAAAUGGAGUUUAGCAGAAGGUUCCUUCCACAGAAAGCACACAUCAGUUUGCCGGGGAUGAGCAGCCAUAGUCUAUCAUGCAAAUGAAUGCAAGUGAUCCCAGUUGGCUCCUAUGGACUCAGAGUGUAACAUGAGUGCAGACCAGGGAUUGUAUAAGCUGCUCAGCUUCCACUAAGUUGGAACAAAUCACACACUGGGCAGAAACAUAGUUUCACAGACACAGGGAAAAUAAUUGCAGCGGGCGAAUAGAGGUUUAUGGGAGCAGAGGGAUGAGAAAAUGGAGGAAAAACAAACAGAUGGGUGGAGGGAUGGAUAUAUACAUGGCAACAUGGAAGUGGUCUUUCUGGAUAGCUUGGACGUACUUACAAUUUAUAGAGGGGACUGUGUAAAAGGUCACAAAUAGCUCAAAUCAGAUUGAAUUAAUAGCAAUAAACAAAUAUGAAUGGUGGAGGUCAGCAGCAAAUUUUGUAGGAAGAAUAGAAAUGUAGACGAUAUGGAUGGAUGGAUAAACUCUGCGAUAAUGGAGGACAUAGACAAUGGAUUGGUGGCACUACUCACUGAAUAGGGACAUCUGCAGGGGAUGUGAAACCAGGAUUUAUUCCACAUAUUAACUGCCAGUAGAAUGAGACUGUGCACCAGGCGUUCCUGCACCUGCACGGAACUCAUCGGCAUCGAACAAAUUCCAGCUGUUUCCAGCUGUGUUCGGGCACAGCUUGGCCACCAAUUAAAACCUGCGUGUCUCCGCUGUCAGAACAGCAGCGCCGCGGCCACAGACAUAAUCACAGCUACAGUCUGUCACAGUCAAGCAAUCAGUGCGGAGACGCGUGUUAACAAGCUUCUGCCGGUUAGCUGCACGGACUCAGACUGGACCCGGCACAGCACAGGCUGCUCGUUCUCACACUGUGGUCACAGCAACUUGUUCUACACACUGCACAGUAUCAUAUGCUAAUGUCCCCAUAAUGUGGGAGCUCAGUAUCAACAGUAAUGAAUAUUAUUGGGCCUGGAGGGGAAGAAGAAAAAUCGAAGGUAGAUGAUGGGUGUAAACUAAUGCAUGGGAGCUUAAUAACUGGUGAAGAAUGAUGCUGCAGUUUUCACCAGUUUAUUUUAUUUCACACCACAGCUCAGUGAACUUGUUUGAUACAGAGCUACAAAUAUUAAAUGUUACCCCAGAGAUGGUAACAAUUUAUUAAAUUGAAUGUGUUGGUUUGCUUCGAUUUUGUUUUUGGAGCUAAAGCAAUGCUUUUUUUUCUCCAUUCAUAACAAUUUCCAUUUCACAGCUUUCAGUUCAAAAAUUGUGAAAAGCUGAUUAUUGUGUACAUCAAUUUUCCAGAGAUUCCAAAGAGAAAACAUCGGGAUGGCAUGAAAUUACAGGCGGGAGGAUGGGAGAAAGAGAAGAGGAGGAAAGAAGUCAGGAAAAUUACGAGCUCGUGGGAGAAAAGUAGGACACGGAAUAGAUUCAGAGGAAUUCGUCAUUUAGUCCUGCUCGCUAUUCUUAAUGAUCUAGAGGGAGACGAGUUAUCAGGAUAUUAUAAACUGUUCUAUUGGCUUAAUGAUGCUGCCGUCUGAUAUUUCAGUUCACAUAAUGAACGAUCUGUGUUUUGUCUUGUUCUCACAUCGUCCGUUAUUCGUAUAAACGAUGAGGGCACGUCAGGUUUUGGCGCGGAGCUUAGGAUUUUUAAGGACACUGGCGUUAUUUGCGCUCAACGCAGAUUUGUAAAAAAAAAAAGAAAAGGCCCAUCCGAAAAAGUCAGCCAAAGUGCUGAGAAGUCUCCCAUGACUCAGCAGGACUCGGGUCGGGGUGCUGCGUAUAAUGGGACUGGUGUCGGCUUAGCGUGGCUCAGCAGCUCGUCAGGGAAGAAGUCGAGCACCUACAGCUCAGACUGAUGAGAGAAACGGUGCAAGGAGGAAAAUGAUGACAUUCCGCUCAUGCAUGCUGGGACAGAAGAGAAGCUAAGGAAACAUGGGAGAUAAUCAGCCGAUCAGGUGGCAGUGGUGCAACGUAUAAAGUUCACCAUCUUCUAAUGGCUACUUCUCCGACUUAUCAAGAGUGACAGUGAGUUCAGUGAAUCCAGCAGAAGCUUUGUGAUGUGAUAGAACACAAGUGUGUGCUGCCGACAAAUCUGCGGAGAUGAUGUGAUGCAGAACCUCACAGCAAACAUAAUGUGGCCCGUCUGGCCGGAGCUUCACUUCAAACUCCGCUUCUUGUGUUUGUUAAUGAUGAGGAGCGCUGCUGCUGCCGUCGCUUUGCAUUUGGUCCUAAGACACGAGCAGAGGAAAGUUUUCAAAGUCUUGUGUAACGCAAAGGGAGGAGCGACCCAGUAUCACUGGUGUUCCCAGUUAAGAGAGGAUGUUUUUGGGCCCUGUUUAAGAUUGUGCUGCUCUGAAAAAUAAACGUACCAUUACAUCAAGCAGCUGUCACCUCACAUAUUCACACAAAGUUGCGUUCAGUUCGCUUCACCCUCGACCUCAAGAUGUUUAAAGGGGAAUUUGAGGAUCUAACUUAGUCUCAGCGAUUGUGACAGUCCAUGAAAAGUUAUUUUUGUCACCAAUAAAUUGCUGUAAUUGCAGCAGCUCUCUCUCUCUCUCUCUCUCUCGCUCCUCUGCUUGUUGCCUCUCUCCAUCUCAUCUUUUGCUCUCCGUCCGUACACUCAGGCUCUAAUAAGUGUGGGGGGGGGCUCCAUCGGUCAAAUGAUUCAUUGUCCACAUGCGAGACGUAAUGUCUCUUAGCAAAGAGCCAGAAGAAUAAUUUUUGCAUUUUAUUGGUGGACUGUCGCGGUCGCCCCUGUAAGAUUACCUUGAGCCACCUGCAACCUGUUGUUACCCCCCCCCUCCCCCCCAUCUCUCUUUAUCACUCUGCUCCCCACAGGGUCAAAGCAGCAGGAUGGAGGAAUCAUUACACAUUUCAGCAACUCUUUACACCUCAGUGUGUUUAGUGUCGGCAGCUUUUCCUAAACUGAGUGAUAACGGCUCAUAGUGGUCUUCAAUGUUUUGCUGUCGCUGUUUUAAAGAGGGCGAAAUGGAUCAGAGACGUUUUUACUGGAGUUCACACACAGACGCUGAGUGGACAGGACUCUAGAGCAGUGAUGCCUGGUAGGAGGAGCUAUUUUGGGACGCUCAGGUUCCAUAAGUGGGUCUGCAAGUAGUCAGUGGGAGGUGACUCACAGCUCUCUGCAUGGGCAUGAAAGUCAAUAUGCUCUUGUGAAUAAAUACAAAAGUUACAAAAAGUACAAACGUGUGUGCAUAAAACUACCACAUCUAGUUUGAAGUUCAGCCAGAAACACACAAUCGUAGCUUUAAAUUCUGUGACAAGCGAUGAUCUGCAGCUUAAAUCUGAUUAUUUGGGGAAAUCUGGAGGAAGUCCGCAACGAUUUGUUCACAAAUUUGAAAGUGAAACAUUUUUUAAAACAGGCUGGUCUGAGGAUAGUUUAUAAUUCAAUGUUUUCUGUCGGCCGUGUCUGAAGGACAGAGAGAAGGCAAACAAUUAAAAAUGGAGAUCAUAUAAAAAAUGGAAUAAUGACUAGGAAAAACUCCGCUUUAGAACUCCAUUAUUCUAAAACUUUUGAAUUACUUCAGACAGAGUAAAGUGAAGACCAGAACUAGCAGAGUCCCUCUCCACUGCAGCCUGACAGCAGACACUUCCCCGGCUGUAAUGACCAGUGUUGCUGGCGGAUUCUAUCGGCUGUCAGCAGCUCGCUAAUUAAAAUGAACUUCACAUGUUGGUUGAAUCCACAGUCUGACUGAAUUCGUUUUAAAAUGAGGAGACUGCAGCAUCAGGCCAGUAGUUUUCUUGAAAAUAACCCAGUUGGCUGCUUAUGAUGUAAAGAUAAUAGAUUUGCAGUUUGUUUUUACUUUUGAAUGAAGAGAAUAUCAAGUAUGCUAGACAACUGUAAAUUGACUGCACCUCUGUACAUAUACUUACAACACAAGAAUAACUAAAGAUAUAACAACAGAGAAAGGGUAAUGAAAAUAAAAACAGGCACACAACAAAUCCUUAGGAGAAGCAAAACCAACAACACAAAACCAACAACACAAACUCAGAGGACCAACUGAAGGUGUUGAUCCUCUGACAGCAAACCAACUGAACAAGGAAGCUCAACCUCCUUAUGAAGCCUCCAGCCUCCAGGUGAUUGCCACCAGCUGAGGGAGAUCCCAUGUGCAACCUGUUGCUCCAGAUGAGCCGGGGAACCCGCGGCCUGGAUCCCCAUGUGAUCUCUAUGGUCAUAACAUAAUCCUAUCUUAAAACCUAUUUCACCUAUUGUACAAACCUAAUUUGUACAAUUUAGAUGAAACAGGCUUGUGCAAACUUCCCUCGGAUUAUUUCAUAUUCACCUCCCGCUUGUAGAUUCCUUUCACCUAAAUCCUACACACUGAACCUUAAACCCUCAAACAGCUUAAAAAAGUCCUUGCAAAGACAUUUGUACAAGUACACACAAGCAGGAAUACACUUGCUGGUGUUAGAGCACACACACUUUACAUUACACAAACAAGCCAUUACCUGAUAGACACAGUGCCUGACACCUGUUUCACUUACUGCUUCAAAUCUAAAAUCUGAAUGGACCAGUCCUGAGUCUUAUCUCAGUUUCAGAGUGUUCUUGUACUGAGCAGGUCAUUUGGACUCUCACUCGUCCCUUAUUACUCGGGUUCUCCACUUGUCUCAAUAGAUUACGUUGCUGCUUCCUCUUCAAUAUAUUGAAUCCCAUCUGACUCAGUCACCUCUGAUCAGCCAUUCAUCUCAUCCUGUGCAACAACCAGACCCUAAAUGGUUCCGACACAUCUUCAUCCACUCUAUACCCUGGAGUCCUGACAGACAGAUCGUACCACAUCUCAUUUUCUGUCAUCUUCGGAGUCUUUCAUUAUCCUCCCGUCUCAGAUUUCUCAUCCGGUGCUUCCUCCGAUACUUCAUUACUCCCUCUCACUCAUUUGUAUGUUUGUCUGAAGUGAUUUUCUUCUUACUGAAGAGCUCUCCGUCUUGUAGGUGCAGGAACAGGCAGAGGAUCUGCUCUGCGUCCCGGAGGCCUGAGGUAAACCUUGAUGGGUCUGUUCAUAGCUGUCUCAUUUCAGUUGAGUCUACGAAGGCGUUCCAUGAUAACCAUUACGACAAGACAAGAAAGACAAGAACAUGUUAGUGCCCAUUCUUUUUUUAAUACGUGAAUCAGUAGCUACUUGGUUGAGAUGAAGUCACCGGAUUGCUAAAUUAAAAAAACGUGUCUUCACUAAAGCGAUGUGUCAGUAACGUUCCACCCAUUGGAGCCUUGGUUUCUCAGGGAUGAUUGACGCAUUCGCCGGCCGCAUUUGAAGGAGUCUUCAGAUGCAGCCUCAGAGUGACAGGGAAAAAACAGGGAAAGUAGAAUUUAAAGCCAAGUUCUGAUCAAGGGUUUGUCUCCAGGCAAUAGCUGUGAGAAACAAACCUUGUGGUAAUUUAUCUGCUUAUUACCUUGAUGCCUGCUUGGCACCAAUGGAUUCUGCAAGUUCAUAAACAAUUCCUCCAGUCUGUUGAGAAAGUUUCUUGUUGUAGAUCCACAGGCAAACCUGCCUCACGCCCAAACAUAACGCUGCAGUAACCCGAUGGCUUCAUUAGAGGUGCGGUUGUGUGGACAGGAUGUCCAAUAUGCUGACUCCACUGUUUCUUCUCGUUUUGUCUCAAGGGUCCUGAGCUUGUUUAACAGGGCCCUAUUAAAUCUAAAGACUGGGUAUCCCUCUGUGGUGUAGCUCUCGAUUUCUCAAUCCUAAGUACACGCAGCAACUCCUAGAUAAGGUAACUGUAUAAGUGUCUUCCUUGAUCUGUGUGGCAUUCCACAGUGAACAAGGUGUUUCUCUACCAACACUUAUUGAAGAGUCGGAGGACGGUUAUGGGAAUAUUUCAAAUCAAAAUGUAAAGUUGAGCAACAACACCCCUGUGCUGUGUUUGGCACAUCUUCGUCCUCAUCAGCAGUUUUUCGUGCUGUGUCACAACUUGUUUUAUUUCCUAAAAAACUCAUCUAGAGUAUGAGUAUAAUUUAGACAUAACUUUGAGAAUGACACAGAGGACGUGGAGGCAGAGGAGACGUUAUGAAGUGGAAACAAUUCCCUUUAUUAUCAGUUGUUCUCAGAGAGUCGGCACGGACUUUUGAAAAGCUUUCGGGUAAUUUGCUUUGUUCCCUCCUCUUCACUAUCUCCUCAAUUAAUCAAUACUCCUCUUGCUCUCCUCCACCUCAUGUCACUUUCUCUCUCUCUCUGGCUGUGUUUACAUUUGUCUUGCAAAGCUUCUGCUAUGACGACGAUCGUCAAAUUACUCCGGAACAUUUCUGAGCGAAAUACAACCAGUAAUUUCAACAGCAGAUUAAAAAUCAUCAUUCUCUCCCUCUUGUUUUGAAUGUUCACUAACAUAGGCCAUUUGCAGAUAGUAAAGUCCCCAUAUAAAGAAGGUAACUGCAAGAUUGAAGUAAACUCAUUUCCUUAAUCUCAGCUCUGCUCUCUCUGUUUUUGUCAUGGGAAUAUUGUCUGGUACUUUGAACCGUUGGAGACGACUCUGGUGCCGGCUUUUCUAAACGCUCAGCCCACUUUUCACUGUGCAUGUCAGGGAUGUGGAACCUUUUUCCUAUCAAGGGCCAUCUCAUUUCUUUAUUGAACACAUACAUCACACUAGCCUCGGUAAUGCGAUGGCUGGGACUGCGUCUCUGUGCCGAGCUGUUUGCAUUCACAGCAGCGUUUUGUCCCAAACAGAGAUGCAGACUUUCUGUAAGUGGAAUAAUCCUCGGGACGCUUACGGAGCUCAAGCAGUGGGAGGCAGUCGUAGCGCUGAGCUCGUUGCAGCUUCGCAGCUCAGUGAUUUCAUGUUGUACGUUGCCAGGUCCAUCGGCUGCUUCUGCAUUUAGCAGCGUGUUCACUUCCCUUUCUUUAAUUUUCAUGUCCGGAAAACCUCUCGUCAAAUGCCUGAAACAGUUUCUCACGCUCUCUCAACAGAAAAUACAGUUUUACCCCUUUCCAGUUGCAACACGCAUGGCUUAAUAUUUCUGUUCAUGGAGUUUUGGUUUUGAAAAGCGCCACAGAAAUGAAGGAUUAUUAACAGCAUUAUUGUUAUUAUUAUAUAUUCCAGUAAGAACAACUGAGGCUCAAUACUGACUUAAUUCUUCUAUCAUCAGAGUUUUUUGUCCGUCCUCACUAAAUUCGCACGUUUACUUGUUUUCCUGAUGCUUAUGCAGAUUCUUCAGAUCUGUACUGAAAGGCAGCUUUUUCUGCUUUUGUGUUUUCACAGUGAGAAUAAAUCCUAUUCUAUUUAGAACACAGCUUUAGAAUUGGUGCAUUUAAAAAAACAGAGGAGUGUUGACAGAGAAGGAAAGUGAGUGGAUGUACUUCGUCUUUCAGGG